AAUUUUCUCAAUCUUGACAUUUAAUUGUUCUUCGCAAUUUUGCAAUUUGAGUUUUUUAAUAUAGUAAUUGCAACAAUGAAUGAGAUUGUUGUUAUUCAAUUUGCUUGAUCAUUUUAUCUGGAGUUGAUGAUAAUUAGGUCAUGACUGUAGGAAUUAUUAGAUUACACACAAAUUGACAUGGAACUUUUAGACAAAGACAAAAGGAAAGUUCGCGGUACUUGACAAUUCUGCUUCAUAUAACUACAGGUGUUUUAUUAAUGUAAAACUGAGCUUUCAACCUAAUCAAAAGGCACUAAAUCUGUUCGAGUUAGGCGAACUUUUUACUAGAUGUCACUAUUGGCCUACAAUAUUUGAAUGUAAUUUGUGAUUAUUGGUUAUGUACAAGAAUAAUGCUAUAAACAAGUGGUCAGGAUAUUAGUAGCAAGUCAAGCAACUUGAUAUUAUAGCGAGCUUGUUGUUCGCCUUUUGUUUAGCCACUCAAUAGAACCCAAAACUGAUACUGUAUAACCUAAAUCUCCCAUUAGAUUUAAGAUAUUCAGAUUCUGUAAUCUUGUGACAUAGAAAUGGACGUCGGAACAGUGCUGUCUGCUGCUCAAACACUGUUUGCAGCGGUGCAAAGUUCGGAGCUCAAAAAGACGUGCUCGAUCCUUGGCUACAAAUCUCAACUUGAUGCCUUACAAGUGACUGUCUCCACCAUCAGUACUGUUCUCCGCAGUGCAGAGGCCAAGCAGGAGCUUUCUGAUGAAGAAAUAAUUUAUGUUGAGGAUCUCAAGGACGCGAUCUAUGAAGCAGAUGAUCUGUUGGAUGAGUUUGUCACUCUUGUUGAGCAUAAGAAGCUCACAGAGGGUGAUAAGAAGAUGCGUCUCUUUUCUGUUUUUAAAGAAUUAGGCGUUGCAUACAAGAUGUCUAGUGGGGUUGAGAAGAUUAAGAAGAAGUUGGAUGCUAUUGCUUACAACAAUCAGUUUAGAUUUAAGCUUGAUCCAGAACCUACAGGGAAAGGGAGGCCCGAGAGCGAUUCUUGUGUGAAUGCAGUUGAUAUCGUUGGAAGAGAGGGUGACUUGGAGAAGAUAGUGGGUAUGCUGCUUGAUUCUAAUGUUCAACAUGAUGUGUCUUUUCUAACUAUUGUGGGUCUUGGAGGGUUGGGAAAAACUGCCCUUGCCCAACUUGUGUACAAUGAUGCAAGGGUCACGAGCACUUUUUCGUUGAGGUUGUGGACUUGUGUCUCUGAUCAAGAUAAAAAAGAACCGGACGUAAAAGAAAUUCUUGGUAAGAUUCUGGCUUCAGCUACCGGGCGGAAGCAUGAGGACUCAACCAUGGACCGGGUGCAAAGCCAGCUUCGAGAAAAACUAGCAAACCAUAAAUACUUGCUUGUUUUAGAUGAUGUUUGGACUGAGAAGCGUAACCAAUGGUGUGGUUUGGUAAAGUACUUCAUUGGAGGUCAAAAGGGAAGUCGAAUAGUGGUGACUACUCGUUCUCAAAAGACUGCUAAAAUUAUAGGAGAUAGUUCAAUGUAUGAGCUACAAGGCUUGUCAGAGGAAAAUUCAUGGCGCUUGUUUGAGAGGAUGGCCUUUGGAUUAAAUCAGGUAAACUUCCCGGAUCAUGACUUAGUCGAGAUGGGGCGAGAGAUUGUUAAUGUAUGUGCUCACGUCCCUCUCUCUUUAAGAGUGGUAGGAAGUCUUUUGUAUGGACAAGGAAAGAGUAGAUGGAGUUCAUUCCAGAAAAUGGGAUUAGCCAGCAUCAGGGAGGGCGAAAAUGACAUCAUGCCCAUACUAAAGUGGAGUUAUCAUUAUCUUGAAUCUCCACUAAAGAGUUGCUUCUGUUAUUGCGCGUUGUUUCCUAAGGAUUUUGAGAUAGAGAAAGAGAUGUUAAUAAGCCUUUGGAUGGCACAAGGCUAUAUUGUCCCGUUAGAUAAAAGCCAAAGCAUUGAAGACGCCGGUGAGGAAUAUUUUUCAAUUUUGCUGAGAAGAUGUUUCUUCCAAGACAUCAAGAAAGAUGUAUUUGGUGGGAUCGACACAUUUAAGAUACAUGAUCUCAUGCAUGACAUGGCUCAAAGUGUCACAGGGAAGGAGAUCUAUGCAACAAAUACAACUGGCGGCCACCUUGAUAAAAAAGUUCGACAUCUAUCAGUUGCCAGUAGGAGGAGAUAUGGAGAAUACUUUUUCGGCAAGAACUAUAUUCGUUCGUAUGUUCAUGUUGACUGGGACGUGUUUUUAUUUGGCGAGGUUGACCUCUUUUUCCUAGAGCCAUUAGUUACAAAUUGUAUGUGCUUAAGGGCAUUAGACCUAAGUUGGUUAAAGAUCAAGAGAUUGCCAUGCUCCAUAGGUAAAUUGUUGCAUUUAAGGUAUCUUGAUCUAUCAUAUAAUGCAGAUCUGGAAAUGCUUCCUAAGUCAAUCACAAAACUGUAUAAUCUACAAACAUUUAAAUUGACUGGCUGUGAGAAAUUGAAAGAGUUACCAAAAGAUUUGAGCAAACUAGUUAAUCUCAGGGUUUUGGAUAUAGAUGAUUGCUACCGUUUGACUUACAUGCCCAGGGGCCUGGGUAAGUUGAGUAGCCUACAUAGGCUAAGUAACUUUAUAGUGGGUGGAAAAGGGAGGAAUUUAAGUUGGAAGCAAUGGUUUUAUGGGCUGGAAGAUUUGAAGGCUCUAGAGAAACUGAAGGGUAGUCUUGAAAUCCAGAUUAGGUGGCCAAAGAAUGCUAAGAGUAUUGUUAAGGAAGACUGUAGGAGGGACGGGUUAUACCUGAGGAGUAAGGAACAUCUCAAUGGCAUUUGGUUUAAUUUCACACACGAGGAGAGUGAUGGAAGAGUUGAUGAUGAGGUAGCAAGAAGAUUGAUGGAAGAGCUGCAGCCACAUUCUAAUCUGAAACGGUUCAAGAUGCAGGAAUACCAUGGUGCAAGAAUGCCUGGUUGGGCAACCCUCCUCCCAAAUCUUCUACAACUUUGUCUUUUUAAUUGCGAUGAGUUGGAGUGCCUGCCAUUCUUGGGAAACUUGUGUAAUCUGAAGGUUCUUAAACUUUUAGCUUUGGAAAAAUUGGAGUACAUCGAAGAAAAUAGUCCAUCAGCUGAUUCCAGUUCCACGCCUACACCUCAACUGCUGUGUGCAAAAACACUAUCGUACUUACCCUCUCUUAGAGUACUUUCGUUAAACAAUCUUCCAGAGUUGAAAGGAUGGAGAAGAUCUUUGGCAGGAGUGGGAAAUGAUCAUCUUAAUCAAAAUUUGGUUGUUAGCAGGAGCAACAAUGAGGCAGUAUGGCAAUCACUACCAUGUCUUUCUCAGUUGAAGUCUUUGGAGAUAAUAGGAUGCCCAAAGCUGACAUGUAUUCCGCUGUGUCCCAGCUUGGAAUGGCUAUAUAUAAUUAAAUCCAACGAAAGGCUGAAUGAGAAGUAUAUAAUGAAAGGAAUGAGAAGUUAGAAGAUGUAGACCCUUAACUUUCGAGUAUUAGUAUUAUGAGUGGUUGGCAAACAAAAAAAAGUGGCAUGACUAUAUUCGCGCCCCAUGGAGGCUUUUCAGUGUCUUGAAUCCUAGAGGCUAAUAAAAUGACUGAGAUGAAGAGCUUGGGAAAGUUUGUCAGGUGCUUCAUAGCGAGGCUUGCCUGCUUGUUUGCAGUAUGCGGCCUGUAAAUCUUUACAAUUUUCUUUCUGGAAAUGAUUUCUGCUUAGCCCAAAUUAAAUACAUUUUCAUUGUUUGUCACAUUGCUUAAAAAAAAAAUUUGUUUCACAUUGAGAUUUGCAGAACUGCAGGUGAUUGUUUCAUAAAUGCUAGUAACAGCUCAAUGGAUGAACUUUAUAGGAUAAUAGUAAAACAAACAGCAACUGCUAAGUCUCAAUUUUGUUUUGCGUAGGUUUUUUUUCUUGAGGAGUAAAGCAGUGGAUGAACUAUAUCUGAUGAUGGUUUUGCUAAAAGUAAAUAUGAGAGUUUGGUCCAUUUUGUUUUUCUCAAUGUUAUACGGCGGCACCAACUAUAGCUUCAAGAGUGCGUAUCAUUCACUCUGCUUUUCUUUGGGAUCAUUCAGAUCAAUUAGCCGCGGAAACAAGUAAUUUAUUUGACGAAACCAAAUAUCAAGUUUGUGCUUUUUCAUGACAGCAUUGCUUGUAACUCCUGAAUAUUAAUUCAUAUUGUUUGCUGGUGAAGUUUUUACUUAUGAUGUAUACUAACCAAGCGUUGUAAUGUAUUCCUAUUUCCUUUACGAAGUCCUUGUUUCUCUCUGACCGACAACUACUAUUCUGAUUUCAUACAUGAUUAGUUAUCCAUGAAGUGGGAUGCAUCUUCUUUCUAUGGUUUGGCUAAAUUUCCGUACUCUCUUGUUAUUAUAACCAUGAAAUGUGUCGACAGGCAUCCAAUGUUGUCCCUGUUUAUGGCUUUGAACACCUCAUUUUUUCUCAUCAAGUCAAUUCCUUAACCCUUCCUGCUUAAAUUAUAUUAACUAAAAUUUGAUAUCUGAAAUCCAAAUACAUCGUGUUAAGCUGUUAACUUCAACGACCUUGCAUAUAUUAAUGUAUCUGCACUAUUUUACAGUUAUUUACCUUUUUAUUGAAGUGAGGCCAGUUUGUCGUGACUGUAUGCAUCGUAAUGCUAUGCAGGUUUUCUAACUAGCUUGUUCUACUUGCUGUAGAAGAUCUAAAGAAGGUCAAUGAAGGAGCACGGAAUCAUGGAUCCUACUUCGUAUUUGAUUAUCAGGAAAUGAAAGACAGAAACUGAUUCUUGUUCCAAGCUUACAAAGUUACAACGUUCAAACGUCAGAGAGCCAGUACGCAGGGAUCGUAAUUCGUAAUCAAGAAGCUUGAUACUGGCACUAUAGGCCAUUACCCUCAAUGAAAGCAGCAUUUGCACUGAGAGCUUUUGAUUCAUCAAUCAGCUUGAUUGCCGUUGCCUUGCACAGAAGAAACUUGUGGUGUUUCACAUUUAUGUGUUUCAAAUUCAGUGCAUCAAUAAAAUGCUUGUAACAACUAACGAGUAGUUUUGUUGGUUGGUUAAUUGGCCACAUCUUAUUCAUGAAAUUGACAUCGAAUAGUUAAAUACAGUGUUUAACCACAAACAUGUAAAGUUCAAGCAAUUUUUGGAUCACAAAAAACUGGCAGAGAAGAAAUUACAUUAGGAAAGAUAGUUGUCUCUCCUUUUCUCC